CAGGAGCCGGAGCCCGCCGCUGCCUCCUCCGGCGCGGAGUACCACACACCCCCGCACACACCGCGGGGAGGAGGAGGAGGAAGAGGGCGGAGGGAGCAGAGCUGCCCCCCCCGCCCGAGCCCCCGAGCGGUAUCGCCCUCAUCCCCCCAUGCAAUACGGGCGAUAUAGCACGGCUCCCCGCCCCGCGCUCCCACGGACAGGCACCUGCAGGUGAGAAGUAAAUAUGAGCUUGGCAACACACGACCAUCAGUGCCAGGACCCUGUGAUCUGAACCGUGUCUUCAGCUGACUUCCCAGCGGCCGGGCGCUGUCGAUCCUGCACCAUGGAGGACUGCCUUCACACCUCCUCUGAAAAUCUCUCCAAGCUGGUGAGCUGGGCCCACAGCCAUGGGACCAUCUGCAGCCUCAUCCCCAACCUCAAGCACCUGCUUUCCGAGGGGGCCCACGGCAACCUGACAGCCAUGUGGGGCUGCAGUGCUGGCCAUGCCUACCACUGGCCCCUGGCUGCCACUUGCCGGGCCGGCUCACAGGAGCGCGUCUGCUUCCAGGACAGCCGCAGCUUCAACUCGGACAGCCCCAGCAUGCUGGGGGUGCCGUCAGAGGCUCAGGCCAGCCCCCUGGAGCGCUACCCAGGCCGGCCGGGGAAAGCCAAGCUGGACUGCACCCGCACUCGUGACUCCUGCGACUUCUCCUACUGCAGCGAGCCGUCGGAGCUGGGCGAGCCUGUGGAGGAGUACGAGGACGAGGCCACCCUCUUCGACAUGGUCUGUGAGUCCUCCGUCACCGAUGAGGACAGUGACUUCGAGCCGCACCUGCACCGCGCUCCCACCGGCCCCCGCAAGCGGCCGGCUGCCGCGGCGCAGGCCCAGGCGCAGCUCGCCGACGAGGGCGGCGGCGACGUGCUGCUCAAGAAGAUCAAGCAGGAGCUCCCUGAGGACUACUAUAUAGUGGCCAACGCGGAGCUGACGGCCGGCGCCGAUGGGCCGGCCCUGGCCCUGACGCAGAUGGCCAAGCCCAAGCCGCAGCCAGCGGCUGGGCCCUCCUGCCUGGGACCCACCAGGACCGCGCCCCCGCCGGCCGCCGGCCCGGAGCCCGACCCGCAGCGCCCCUGCGCCUCCCCGUCCGGCCCGCCCCGCCCCGCCGCGCAGCGGCCACCCCGGGCACCCCUGGCCUCGCCGGCCUGGGGGGCAGGCGGCGGCCCUGCGGCUGCCCUGCAGGUGCCAGCCACCAGCUCCAAUGCCAUCACCCCCGCUGGAAAACCCAUCAGCAUCCCCCUCUCAGCCCUGCAGCUGCCCGGUCAGGAGGAGCCACCGGCGGCUGGUGAGGAGACCCUCCCGUCCGUGCCACAGCUGGCCCCGGGUGGCGAGGUGGCCGGCUCGCCCUCGGUGAGCGCCGAGCCUGAGGUCAGCUCCAGCCAGCAGCAGCCCCACGCCGCGCCCACCACCACCCCCGAGGCAGCGGUGCCGCCGAUGCCAGACCAGGAUGAGAGAGCAGCAGAGCUCAGCAGGGAGCAGAAUGAGAAGACCAUUCGCAGCACGCAGACAGCUCUCCGAAAUUUCCGAGAAUUCCUCAUUUCCAAGUACCCCUCUGAGACCCGUGAGAUCUAUGUCAUCCCCUGCAAAGAGCUUGAUGCCUACCUUGCGUCCUUCUUUGUGGACGCCAGACAAAAAGAUGGAUCUGAGUAUGAGCCAAACAGUCUGGCCAACUACCAGUGUGGACUGGAGCGGUAUCUCAAAGAGCACAGAUAUGGAUACAGUAUUACAAGGGAUAAGGAGUUCAAGAGGUCCCAGGAAGCUCUAAAGCAAAAGCAGAUAGAGCUGAGGUGUAAAGGCAAAGGAAACAAGCCACACAAGUCCAUGAAACUCACCUUUGCUGAUGAGCUUAUCCUGCGCAAAAGAGGUUUGUUGAGCCGGUACAAUCCUGAAGGGCUUCUGAACCUUGUGUGGCUGAACAACACCAAGGCGUUCGGACACUGCACGGGUUUCCAUGGGUCCACACUCAAGUGGGGAGACAUCCGUCUGCGGGUGACAGAGACUGGGUUGGAGUACCUGGAGUGGAUGGGGCCGGACAGCGGGGAUGUGAGUACCAAGAGCAAGAGAGGCGGGACGGACUCGCGGGUGUACGCCACGCAGCACUCCCCGCAGACCUGCCCCGUGCAGGACUACAAGGAGUACGCCCAGCGGCGCCCUCCGGCCAUGCGCUACGAGGACGCGCCUUUCUACCUGUCCAUCAAACCCGUCGUCAACCUGGCUGCCCUUCACUGGUACAACUGCCAGGCCCUGGGGAAGAACAAGCUUGCCAAGAUGGUGAAGACCAUGUGUGAGAAAGGCAACAUCCCUGGGCGCAAGACCAACUUCAGCGUCUACCAGAGCUGCAGCACCCUCUCAGAAGCUCAGAGCAACCAGCUGGUGCUGAUCUGCAAUAACUUGAGCCAGCAGGCUGCCCAGUCCAUGGCAAGCCACUCCAAUACUGGCAACUUCAUAGUGUCAGCAUCCUAUGACUCUUCAUCUGACAUGGCUUGAAAGACCGUGAACACUUUUUUCUUUUUGUUUCAAGCAUUGAAUUUGUGCUCAAUAAUACACAUCAGCUGUGAUUGUACACUCUUCCCCCUCGCAGCCCUCUCUCCAGUGUUAAUUCACUUUAUAAGAAUAUAUAAACGUAUAAUAUAUUUUUCUUUUUACAAAUAAGUCAACAGAAAUAGUUUAGUAUUACUAACAGUAUUUAUAGUGUUAAUGCAAAAAUGAAAAGUACUUAUGGGUUAUAAUAUGAAUACAGACUUUAGAAGGAUAAAAAUGGUUCUCAGGCAACACAAGAUAGACUGAAAAUACCAUUUUUAACAUGCACACAUUAAUGAGUGUAAAUCCCCAGGGAGGCUUACGUAGCAAUUGUGUUCUAAAGCAUUUUUUCAACUUAGUAUUUUAACACGAUCUCCCACAGUGGAGGACACAAACUUAACAUUGGCUGCUGUUUCUUACCUGCCAGUUUAUUCUUCAUCAGCAAGACCAAGAAAUAAGAAAUACAUCAAUGUAAGUUCACAAAACCAUUUGUGGCAUUUUUUGUCUGUUUUUAUUAUGUUUCCUGAAGUCAGCUAAAUGCCAUUUUUAACUUUUGGGUAUGUUGGUUUUCUGUGUGUUGUGGUGUUUAGGUGAAAAAGUAUUGUUCUCAACAAUAUGCAAAAGUAUAAUGGCAAAACCAUUGUCACACAUAAUUUCACCUCUUUAAGCAUAAGUUGUUAGUGUUUUAUCACUGUGUGUAUGUAAUGUAAAAGCUAUUGACAUAGAGCACUCUUUCAGUAUUCUGGGAGAACCAACAGUGCAGAAAUAUCUGCAAUUUUAUCCCAGCUAUACGGAAAAAUGGCAUCAACUAUGACUUAAGCCAUCAUUUGAAAUCCACAAAACAAUAGAGAGUGUAAUGAUAUUUCUAUAGAAAUUUUAAAAUAAUUUCUACAGAGAGGUAAAAAGCUGUUAAUUUUAAGUGCUGGAAUACAAAUUUCACUUAGCUGCACAUUGUCUGUUUCCAUUUCAGACGAUGGAAAAUGUGCAUGUGAAUCUGAAGGCAGAAUUUGGACCUUAAAGCCUUGAAAUAUCAAGUUCUGCUCUUCUACUUUGUAAUGUAGUUGUUCUGUUACGAGUGUGGGAAGAACACUAACAAAUUCACUACUUCAGUGAACAAUUAUAAUUCUUGACACUUAAAAUUAGGGACACUACGUUUCAAGUAAUUAAACUUAGUUUAAAUUCCACAAGGAUGUGCUGGGAUUGUCGUGAGGCUUUCGACAAGUCUGCUGGGGUAAUCGAGUGCCUGCUGAAGUCAGUGAAAGAGACAACCUUGGCUGACUUCCGCUGGGUAUUGGACCAAACAGCCUUUGGAGAGACUUUCUUGUUUUGCAAUUUUUAAUUGUUGUGUUUCUUUAUGCUUGUUUGUCUGUAUUUCUUCACAUUCCUGCAUAUCCUUCAAAUUCUUUAGAUCUUCAACUGUGCAAUGACUUUAAUCAUCACUAAUUCCAAAGAAGAGGUGAAAGAAAGGUAGCAAAUAGAAAUAGAAGUGAGCGACUUAGCACCUAUAACCCUUUUUUCUGUGUUCCUAGGAAGAAAUGUUCCUGUGUGAGAGGGAGGUGACAGCACCUCACUUAAGCCUUACUGAAGUGCCUGCAAGCUGGGUGAUGCUGCUGCCAGAGAGAAUUUGGUGCCACUUCUGCAGAGUGCUGUGAGAAGUGCAUGCCCUUGCCUCUGCUCCCACCAAGCUGGGGCUGUUCCUGCACUUCCCCCCCAAGCACAAGAGGGGCCCGGUGGAAAUGAAUCUGGGGUGUGCAGGAGAGGACAUAACUUGGCCAUAGAUGUGUGAGCAGCUGUUUUUGUCCAUGUGGCCCAUCCCUCUCGGCGUUCAUCUCGAGACCUGUCUGGGCAGACCAGCUACUGAGUACUGGAAGAAGAAGAAGUGGCAGCAUAUCCAAGUGCAACAAAAGGCAGUGGGAAAGCCUAGCAAAUACAAUGCAAGUUUUUGUCCUUUUUUCAAAAGAAGGCAAGCAUAAUCCUUAUCCCUUAAUAUCCUAUUUUGUUUUACACCAGAAUUAGAAAAUCUUUUCCAUUUAUUUUAAUUAUCUGCAGGCUUUAACUCUGCCUUUGGAAAGUAUUUUUUGCUAUGACAACCCUUGGUCUCAUGGUGAGCAGUGUUAGGAGAAACAGCUAACGCAAGGAUUUUGUCUUUCCCUGCGUGCAAUGUUUAAUCUUUCUAAUCUUUUAAUGUGAAUGUAUUUUUUCCCAUUUUGUAAAUUGACAAGAUUAGCACAAUUUCUUUCAAAACAGCAGUUGACAAACAUAUUUUGCUUAGAUAUAACUGAAUUUACACCUUACUGUGAAUUCUCCAUAGUGACCAAUUCAUUCUUAGAGUAACACCUCUAAAAGGCUAACACUCACUCACUGACUUGAACAACCUUUUUUUAAGAACAAUUUGUAAAAAACUAGGUUUUAAAACAAUACUUUUUUAUUAAAAAGAUUACAUUAUCUUGCAUAAUAAUAAAAAUAAUUACAAUAAUAAUAAUAAUAAUAAUAAUAAUAAUAGUAAUUCUAUGCAUUGUGUGAUUCAGUGAUGUUGCUCUUGAAAUUUUGCAUGUUUUCUAGAUGUUCUGACAUUCGUAUGUUUUAUGUGAUACUUGUAAAAAUCCUAACCGUUGCUGCUAUAAUCACCAUCAUUUUAGGUAAGUGAAAAUUGUACUGUGGAGCUGUGCCAUUUAGCAGGAUUUUCGUGUGUCAUGCUAAAACUGCAUUCUGCUGAUCAUUUCUUGGUUUAUGCCAGUAUUUAGUGCCUUCUGUAGAAGGAAUCAAUAUGUUGUGGUAGAUGGGAUGUGCCAAAUUUCUAGUAUCUUGUCUGCACAGAUGAUCACUUACCAGCUUGAAGCUUAAAAAAUAGUAAAAGGGAAAAAAACCAGUAUUUAAGUUUCCAUCUUUCUUUAAAACAUCUUCUCGUUGAUUUUAAUUUUGAAAAUCUUUAAUAGAGCUGAAAAAAAACCAUCUUCUCAUGCCACCCUAUUGCAGCAGCAGUCUACCAACUGUGAGGGGUAUGAGGUUAUGUGUAGCACCCAAAUGUUCCUGUUGGCAAUGGAUCUAAUGAAUAGCCAGGUAAUUUUAGAGCAUGCUAAAAUGCCAUUUAAUUAAAGCAGUCCUCUGAUUACUGUAAGAAACUGUUAGCUCUCAUAGCAGUUGUGAGCUGGCUCUUGUAAACAAAUGUCAACCUGGUCAAGUGGUAGAUUCCAGUCUCUGCUCUGCCCCUACAGAAGCCACACAUUGCUGCCAAAUGAGACUUGGAUGAAAAUCAAGCCUAAGAUUUUUGGUCUCUUUCUUUCCAGCUGCUCCCAUGGCAGACAAGUCCUGUUUAUCAGAAUUCUGACAUUUCAUUUUCAGUUCCUCUUCUACCCUCUGCCUAAAAUCUGGCAGUAUUGCAAAUGCACACGAACAUACGCAUUCGUUUUGAUCUUUGUAAAAUUCUGAAAUUGUAUCAUACUGUACUCACAGAACAAACAGGCAACAGGGAAAUGUGAGAUACUCACCUCUGGUGGAUUUCCCAGCCGCAGGCAUGGUUCACCGUACCUAGGCUGAUCUUUAAGUAUUUUAUAUGGAAAAAAGAAGAGACGGGCUAUCAGUUUUCCAUCUCUAUUGAGACAUGAAAGCCAUCUUGAAAAGACUUUUCAAACCAAAAUAACAAGUUAGGAGAAAAACUGUGUGAUUGUGGAAAAAUAAGAGUACAUUGAAUUCAUCCUGAGAAGUGUUAGUCUGAAGUAAUCUCUGUCUCCAAGCAGGAAAAUUGACAACCCUUGUGAUGUAAAACACUUCAAAAAGAUAAUGUUUAUGCUAAAAUUUUCAAUGUAGUUGUUCCUUUAAGUGAUACUCAGGACAUUUACAAAAAGCAGUAUUAAGGGAAGCAUGCAGAAUACACCGAGAAAUCAUCCUGUGCAGUAGGUUGCAAGCUGGUCCCCCAGAAUCUGAUUAAAUAAAAAACCCCAGACGAAGAUUAAAACCUCCCACAAGCGAUAGAAUGCUGAGAAGCCUUUUGCAGUACCUCAGUUUCUAUCAGUUGGAGGGAACAGGGCUCUCUUCAGAAAUGUUAGAUUCUAUAAUUGUCCUUUAAAAACUGGAAGCCUCUUCCGACGUCUUCUACCAGACAAGGAACCAGCUGGGACCAGUUAGUUGUGUAGUUCUGCAUUGUUUUGGUUGUCUAGCAGCCAUUUACACAUGAACAUGUGCUUUCGCUAGUAUGAAUGGAGAGCUUUCACUCCACAGAACUCCUGCCUGUGUGGCCCUAAUAUUAAAUAUUCAGGUCUUAUAUCCUACAUUUCUUCUGUUUAUGGGUAGAUCAGAGUCUCAGUGGUUUCACCAUUGCACUCUUACCAAUUUCUCUUUCUGACUUCUAUGUGUUGGCCUAAUUCACCAAAAAACCAGAGUCAGAUUCCUGCAGCACAGCAGCUGUUUUUCCUCCCAUCUUCUUCUUUUCCAUUGUGAAUCUAGGUGUAUCUGCAUUACCUCUGCUUGGAUUCAAGUCAGAAAAGCCAUGAACAUCUUUUAUUCCCACUUUCCACACUGGAAGUGCAGUAAGGGUUCUAUAUGUGCAGACUUGAUCUAGCCUGCUGCCUGUGGCAUGUCAGUCUCUAGUUGCAUUUGUUUGCUUUUCACCGCAAUUCAUCAGUUUCAAGAUGCAAAUUAGAUUAUAUAAAUGGUGUGCUGGUUUAGAUACCACCUUCCAAUCACAGUGAUUCCUUCAGCGUACAUAUUGUCAGUUCUGUAAUUGCAUUUUGUCUGGUGUGCAUUAUAUCACAGGACCAGCUUUCCUUUUUCCUUUUGAAUGUAGCUUAGCCUAUGCUGCUGAAAGGAUCCAGGAAAGAAUUAUCCAUCCAAACCCCAGAGGAAUUUGGGACCUAGCUUUUUUUAGACCCCCUUGCAAGCCCCAGCUGUAAUCAGCUAUUUAAAGCAGAGAUUUUAGUGUGAGGAGUGCUACAUAUCUUCCACUCCAAAUGCAGUUGCCUGUACACAGGGCACCUUCUUACACAGAUCUCUUGCUUCUGCAUUUGGGAGAUUAUAUAAACAGCAGUUUAUUAGGGAGAAGUAAUAUUCUGAUGCAUUUUAAUGCAUUAAGCUCUGCAAAUCUAGAAAUCUGGGGGGAAGGGGGAGAUUACUAGAUCAUUUUCUGAAAAUGUGAGCAGUAUUUUCAACUAGUCCAUUUUCAGUUAAGUGUUUGACUCUGUUGUCCUCAAAUUACCCGAUUUCUGUACUUGCACAGCAACAGGAGAAAACCAAGCAAAAAGGCUUUGUGCCUGUAAAUGAAGAAGGAUUUCGUAACUUACUUUGAGCCUCAGUCCCCAGUGGAGUUUCCAGGGCUGGUAAUUUUUUUACUCAUCCACUGGGUAAGUUUUCACCCAUGUGAAUGUCACAUUGCCAUGACUACAGUAUACUUUUAAGAAGCAAACUUCAUACAGGGUAAGGUCCUUCACUGGUAAAGACUGAUACGGUUAACAAAGUUGACUGUCACUUUUGUCAGUUGAGAACUGUUUUUUUUUGUUGUGAUGUAUUUUUCUUCUUCAAGACAUUCCACUAUUUUUUUAAUGGGGAUAGAGUAAAUGUAUGUGUGUUAUAUUGUUGUCUGCCACAAUGUCUUCUUGAAAAAUGUACAGAUGUGCCCUCAAUAAGAGUAAAACAAAGAGACCAAGAGGGGUUCUUUAAAGUGGUAUUUAUGAAUCUUCUCUCUUGCUUAGUUGUCAGAUAAUUAGGCUUUUGAAAAUAAUGGAUUCAAUCUGUGCUAAUUGGAGUAUGACAUUCACUGCUACUGGUCUGUAAAUUCCAGAGAUAUUCUGAUCUUUAUUGCACUUCACCUCCAUUUUUUAUUCUCAUAAUAAUCUUCAAUAAGUCUGGUUCUGAUGCAUUAGAGAUUGGUUUCGGUGUCUAUACAAUGUUUGCUACUAUUGUAGUGUGACUUUGUAUUUUUAAUUUUUAAAAUUUUUAAUGGUACAGCCUUAACUUACAGAAAUAAAGACCAUUUCAAAUAAAUCAAAAUAGUCA